CUAGGGCUAUUUGAUUUGACUGACUGGUGGGAAAAAUCACCAUACAUUUGUGACCAGGUUCAUUGGAUUGUUCUAGCAGGAAGAAUGGGAAUAGAGAAUCUCAAGGAAGAGACGGCGCCGGCGGUCGCCGAGGAUCUGGCGCGCUCGCUCCAGGAAUUGGGCAUCGAUCCCUCGUUCGUUGUCCCGCCGGAGCAUCGCCCCAGUGGGCAAUCGCAGCUAGAAUCCCCGAUCGAGGAGCGCGGCGGCAGCAACAUUCCAAUCAUCGAUUUGGCCGCGCUCGGUGGAUCAUCGCAGGACGGCAAGGACAAGAUCGUGGAGGAAAUCCGGAGCGCGAGCCAGGAAUGGGGGUUUUUCCAGGUAAUCAAUCACGGGGUGUCCCUGGAGCUGCUGAGCGAUGUGGAGAAGGAGGCUCGGGAUUUCUUCGCGCUGCCGCUGGAGGAGAAGAGGAAGAUCCGUCGCAGCAGCGUGAAUCCUGUCGGCUACUACGAGUCGGAGCUCACCAAGAACACGCGCGACUGGAAGGAGGUUUUCGACUACGUGGUGAAGAGGAAGGACGAUUUCCCAUCCGAAUUUAAUCUCUUCUUCGAGAACCAGUGGCCGGAGGGUCGCGAAAAAUUCCGAGAUUCCUGCGAGAAAUGGAUCAAAGCUGUGGACGAGCUCUCGUUUAAAGUCCUGGAGCUUUUAGCGCUCAGCCUCGGCGUGGAUCCCAGGUACUUUUUCGAGUUCUUCGGCAGGGACAACACCUCGAUCAUGCGACUCAACUUCUACGCAAAGUGCCCAGUCCCGGAUCUUGUUCUCGGCGUGAGCCGCCACAAGGACCAGGGCGCGCUCACGGUGCUCGUCCAGGACGAAGUUGGCGGCCUCGAGGUGAGAAGAAAGGAUGGCGAGUGGAUUCGAGUCACUCCUCGCAAGGACGCGUUCGUGAUCAACGUUGGGGACCUCAUGCAAGUGUGGAGCAAUGAUCUCUAUCACAGUGUGGAGCACCGAGUGGUGGUGAACGAGAACCGCGACCGGUUCUCAUCGCCAUACUUCAUGUUCCCGAGCUACAAAUCCGACAUCGCCCCGAUUGAAAGCCUCACGGAUCCGAUCAAGAACCCGCCCAAGUACGCCAAAUUCAACUGGGGAGAGUUUGACAAGAACAGGAAAGACAGCAACUUCAAGCGCUUGGGCGUGGAGAACCUCCAGAUCUAUCACUACGCCAUCAAUAACUAAUUAUCACUAAGUGGAAUGCUUCAUCAUUGAUUAAUUAGCACUAAGCGAAAGGGUCUAAAUAAUAAAGAAUAUACUAUAGAUAGAA